AUGUUUCGCUCUGCUUUGACAACCAGUAGGCGAACCUACCUGAAUGCCUUUAAUGCAAAAGCCAAGGCUCGUCCAAACUUUGGUCUUCGGGGAGUCGGUUUUUGGACAAGUGAGGUUUACCACAAGCCCGGUCAAAAUUAUUGGAUGGCCCUUUGUGUCGCUGGUCCGUUUUUGAUUAUUGGUGCUAUUAUGUAUGACGGUUUUUGGGCAAAACUGGACGAUAUUGCGGGUGGUGGACCAAGUCACCUUGACUAUGGGUGGCGCAAGCAGGAUCGGAAGCCGUGGGACUUUGCUUUUGAUAUCGGUGAAGGUUAUGCCGCUGGCCCAGCGACUCUCAGGCCGGCACCGGGCGCUGUGGAUCUAGGACACCAUUAG